GCUGGCUGGUUUGUAUUUCGGUUCCCGUAGCUGUCAGUAGGCGGCGGAGUCUUGAGCCAGUGGGACGGGGAUACGCAGGGGGGGGGACACCGGUGGCUGCUGUGAAUGUGCAUAAGCUUAGAGCUUCCCCGUUACGUGAUCAAACUGAGCUAAGCGCUGAGACGAGAGAGAGCAGCAGCUUGGAUGAAAGUUUGUUCGGAUUUCGGUCCAGGGGACAUCAACCGUCAUGUUAAAGUAAAACCAAAAGGUGCGGUGCUGAACAUGCUAAGGAGAUUGGACAAGAUAAGGUUCAGAGGUCAGAAGAGAGAAGAGUUUCCAGAUUUAGCAGAGUCUCCAAAUGCUUCCGACACUGAAUGCGGAGAUGAAAUCCCAUUGAAAAUACCUCGAACAGCAGUCAGAGACAAUGAGGAACUGAAGGACCCUGCUGGUUCAGGGACCGUCAUUAUGGCUUCAGGAGUAGCGGAAUUCAACCGUACAGAAUCUGACCGACUAAAUGAGGUCAAAGGGCACCUGGAAAUCGCCUUACUGGAAAAACACUUUCUUCAGGAGGAGCUCAGGAAGCUACGGGAAGAGACACAUAUUGAAAACUUAAAGCAAGAAUUGGAAAAGGAGCGACAGAAAAGAAUAGAAUUGGAACAAAAAAUUAGUGAAGUAGUCAAAAUAAGGGCAGAUGAAACUGCUGUGCAACAACCAUCUAAAGGACCGUCUCAAACCAAUGGAGCAGACAAGCCACGGAAGUCAACAGUAUGCUCCAGAGUUCAAAAGUGGUUUUAUGAUAAGUUCGGGGAGUACAUUGAAGAUUUUCGGUUUCAACCUGAAGAGAGCACUAUAGAAACAGAGGAGCCUCUUAGUGCACGAAGGUUGACGGAAAAUAUGAGGCGAUUAAAGAGAGGUGCCAAACCUGUUACAAAUUUUGUGAAGAACCUUUCUGCCUUAUCAGACUGGCAUUCUGUCUACACUUCUGCUAUUGCCUUUAUUAUUUACAUGAAUGCUGUGUGGCAUGGCUGGGCCAUCCCAAUGUUUUUAUUUUUAGCUAUUUUGAGGUUAUCUCUAAAUUACCUCAUAGCCAGAGGAUGGAGGAUACAGUGGUGCAUUGUGCCUCAAGUUUCAGAAACCAUAGAGCCUCCAAAAGAAGAUCUAACGGUUUCUGAGAAGUUCCAGUUAGUUCUUGAUGUAGCACAGAAAGCACAGAACCUGUUUGGCAAGAUGGCUGAUAUACUGGAAAAAAUUAAGAACUUAUUCAUGUGGGUUCAACCAGAAAUAACACAGAAACUUUAUAUUUGCCUAUGGUUAGCGUUCAUUGCGUCCUGUUUUUUUCCCUACAAACUUAUUGGGCUUUGCAUGGGUCUUUAUUCUGGAAUCAAGUUUUUUCUCAUAGAUUUUGUAUUCAAACGCUGUCCAAGACUUCGAGACAAAUAUGAUACACCCUAUAUCAUCUGGACAAACCUACCGACAGAUCCACAACUAAAAGAGCGAACAAAUGCAACGGUUUCCAGAAGGGUUCAAAAUGUAUCUAGAAGUAACGUGACUUCUGGGGUUCCACAAGGAGUAAAUAGAGAUGAAGAAGGAGGAAGAUACCAUAAUACUAAAAAGAGCAGCUUUCAUGAGGUGUUCAAUUUAUCUGAAACAGAGCGUCCUCUACCAGCUUGUGACAAUGGCUGGCGUUGCUGCUUAAUUAACAGAGAUCGUAAGAUGCCUACGGACUACAUUCGAAACGGUGUUCUUUAUGUUACAGAAAACUAUUUGUGUUUUGAAAGUUCGAAAUCUGGUUCAUCUAAAAAGAAUAAAGUCAUAAAGCUAACGGAUAUCACAGAUAUUCAAAAGUAUAAAGUGUUGUCUGUGUUGCCAGGAUCUGGGAUGGGUAUUGCAGUAUCCACACCGUCAACUCAGAAGCCACUUGUUUUUGGUGCCAUGGUACAUAGAGAUGAAGCAUUUGAAACCAUUAACAACCAAUAUAUAAAAAUGACAUCUGGAGCAACAAACAGCGAUACCUAGAACAUCCUCCACCUACCAAUCCUGGCUUUAUAACAUUCAUUUUUUGCCUUCCUCCUAUAUUUUGCAAUAAUUUUACUGAAUAGAAGGUUCUAUUUUUCUGCUACAGGAAAUGAGAGUAUUUUUGUGUUGGUCUAUGCAUGAAUGCCUUGAUCUUUGUUUUAAAGCAUCGGUCUCAUGUUUAAGAUGGAGUAUACAUACAAUCAGAGCUACUGUAUCGGUAUACUCUUGUAAUAAGCAGGUCCAAAACCCAAGUGUUCUUUAUGCCCAAAUUAACACGUUCAAGAAAUGGGCUCCGGGAUUGACCUGAUUAUAUGAAGCAGAACUUUGCUUUCCUUUUCUUUUUUUGUUACCUGAACUAAAGUUCUAUAAAAUGUCAUUUGCAGUUCUGUAAUGACAUAAAUGAUCUUAGACCCAGGUUUGACUGAUGUGCCCAUGAGUAAAGGGACAUUAAACCCAAACAUUUUCUUUCAUGAUUCAGAUAGAGAAUACCAUUUUUAAAAAGUUUCCAAUGUACUUCUAUUAUCAAAUUUGUUUCAUUCUCAUGUUAUUCUAUGUUGAAGAGAUACCUAGAUAGGUAGCGUGCACAUGCCUGAACAACUACAUGACAGGAAAUAGUGCUGCAGACACAUGCACACUCUUGAGCUUACAUUUCUGCUUUUCAAAUAAGGAUAACAAGAAAACAAAGAAAAUAUGAUAAUAUAAGUAAAUUAGAAAGUUGUUUAAAAUUUUAUGUUCCAUCUAAAUCAUGAAAGAAAAAAAUUGGGUUUUAUGCCCCUUUAAUACAAAGUUAAACUCUGUAGCCAUUUUUUUUACUAGAAUGCAAACACAUCUUUUCACUUGGUAGUCACAGGCAUAAUCAAAAUUAAAGGGACAGACAAAGUAAAAAUUAAACUUUCAUAAAUCAGAUAGGAAUAAAAGUUGUUUAAAAUUGCAUGCUCUAUUAUCUAAUUGUCUUCAUUCUCUUGGUGUCCUUUGUUGAAAAGCAUUCCUAGGUAGGCUCAGGAGCAGCUGCUGAUUUGUGGCUACACAUGUAUUCUUCUUGCCAUUGGCUCACUGGAUAUGUUUAGCUAGCUCCCAGUACUGCAUUGUUGCAUGUUCAACAAAGGAUACCAAGAGAAAGAAACAAAUUAGAUAAUUGGGAAGUUGUUUAAAAAUGUAUGCUCUAUUUGAAUCAUCAAAGAAAAAAAAAAUGUUUUUCCUUUAAGGGGCUUAAACCUGGAUAAACCAAACCAUGGAUUGCUGCUUUAUUUGUUAAACUAUAUGUACUGUAUCAAAAAAACAUUAAACAGAACUAGAAGCAGCAAAUGAUGAUGCAUUCUAAUAAAUAGGCAUGGGGCUAUGAUGCUUUAAAUGAGAUACUGUUCCUAUGUUUAUCAGUGUUAACGGUAAGAAAAGAGGGCUAGAUUUAAUACUGCUGUUACUUACUUUAUUUUGUCCUAAAUCUGUAUACCUGUGCUUUUAACUCUUGUAGCUUAACCCAUUCAGUGUCACACAGGCUUGCUGAGCACAGCAGUGUUUUGGUGGCUCUGGAGUUGAAGGGGUUGUGUUUUUUUUGUUUUGUUUUUUCAAAAACAUAGUUUUCUUUUUAACAACUUCUGUGUGGGACAACAGCAAUGCACUGUUCGAACAAUACUACACAAUAAAAGGGCAUAAAACACAAAAUUAAA